CUCAUUAGCGAGCCUUUGUAUUUCUUGCAUAUGAAGUCUCGUCAAGCUGAUCAUCACCUUUUCUGCUCCUCAGCCAUUGCCGCCAGUGUGUUAGGAUUCAGCCACCAUGGGACUCGCCAAUCUCCUCACCAAGGCCACAGGCCUAGUCCUUGUUGCGUCGUUCGUUGCUCCUGGACUUGCUACUCCAUGCACAGUCCUACCGGCCAUCCCCACUGCCGUCAUUCCCCAGGGCACCAUCAAGGGCUUCCGCGACAGCUCGAGCAACUCGGUCUUUCUGGGCAUCCCGUUCGCUGCUACCACGGGCGGAGAGAACCGAUGGCGGGCACCUAAGGACCUUCCCAAGUCCAACUCAAGCUUCAGCGCGACCUCCUAUGGCCCAACAUGUCCUCAGGCCAUUUCCGGCACCCUCUUCAGCCAGCAGGGCGAGGACUGCCUGAACCUUAACAUUUGGGCGCCCAUUGAGGGAGAGAAGCUGCCUGUGUUUGUUUACAUGUACGGUGGUGCCAUGGUCACAGGCUCAAGCAGCAACCCGCAAAUACAAGGCUCUAACUUUGCUCGCAACGGUGUCGUCUACGUCAACUUCAACACCCGCGAGAGCAUCUUUGCCUCCCCUCACUCGUCCGAGUUGGAGGAUGGCAAGGAGUCGCAGAACUUCAGCAUCCUGGAUGUGGAGAAGGCCCUGGAGUGGGUUCACGACAACAUCGCGGCUUUCGGAGGAGACCCCGAUCACAUCGUCUUUGGUGGCCACUCCUCAGGCGGUGUUCAGGUCGACCAUUACCUCUGGAACCACCCCGACAGUUGGCUCAAGGGUGCCGUUGAGAUGAGCGCCAAUGCCAUGUCCGGCCCAGCCUAUGCCCCCGCCAACCAGGCUCUUGAUGCUGUCGCAGAGGAAGUCGGCUGCUCUACCGGUGACGGUCAACUUGACUGCCUGCGUGAAGUCGAUGUCUACGCCUUCCAGACGGCCAACUUCAACUCUACCUUCAACACGUGGUUCACCCCCGUCAUCGACGACAUCACCCGAUUCUCCAACUACCAGUCCCGAUUCGCUGCCGGAAAGUACGCUUCUCACGUCCCCCUCCUGACCGGAACGUCCAACGGUGAGGGAACUAUUUUCAGCCUCGUCUACGGAGCCGAGAACAGCGACUUCUCGUCAUGGAUCAACACCUUCGAUGCCGACAGCGCCUAUAUCCCUGACGCUGCCCUCAUUGCGGCCUACCCUGAGUCCGACUAUGCCAGCGAGGCGCUCCGCAGUGGCGACCAGUAUGGCGACGCCCGGUUCCAGUGCCCCGUGGACUACCUCCUCGACAUGCGCAGCAGCGUGCAGAACACCUGGGCUUAUCGAUUCUUCGGUGCCUACGACAACGUCGUGGGUGUUCCUGGAACUGCGCCCACCCACGGAACGGAGGUGCCCUUCUUCCACGGCGGCAACGAAUGCUUCAGCGCUCUCUCAGGCGUCACUACCGCGCAGCAGGAGCUGGCUGACUCUAUCCACACUUGGUUCGUCAAGUGGAUCAAGAACCCCAGCGCCGGCCCUGGUUGGGGUAAGGUGUCACCCACGUCAGGCGAGCUGGUUAAGCUGGGAGUUCCUGGCGAUGAGCUGUCUCUGAUCAAGGCGUCUACCAGCGACUACAACGCUCGGUGCCAGUCGGUCUACAACCCUCUCCUGCCUCUUUACCCCGUUGUCCAGUCCGUUCUGGAUUUGGUUGACGCAUUGUUGUCCUAAGUUGCGAACUACAUCUUCGGGUCAGUGUAUAUAUGGUAUUCAAGACUGAAUGACUUCUAGAUAAUGCUAUUUAAACAACUGCUUUGAUACUCAUUUAAUUAAAGUAGCUACUUAGCACUUACUCUUUUAAUAAUUAAGACUUAUCUUCUUGUUAA